GAAGAUUAAAUGAGCGAAACUCAAACAAACCUGUUGGUGUUCAGCAACUGUUCACAAACGUUAGCGGGUCAUUUCUUUGUUUUAUUGUUCAAACAUUAAGCGAAUAUCGUGCGUUAUACAGUCCUUAAAACCACCAUAUUGUUACGUAAAUAUCAAUCUAUAACGAGGCCCACUGAACACGAACAAAGUAUUUAAAAAAGCAGUGAGAUAGCAUCCUAGCUAACGAGGCUAACGUCACUAAUGAGUGCCACCCGGCGGAUGACAGCGACAAGCUGCAGGUGUAAAGCUUCAGUCAGCCGGACGAAGGAGCCCCCAGCCCCCAGAGGAGCCAACAAGGUGCUGGCUGAGAGGAACCCGGCGGUGGUGGCGGUGGGAGCCUGGGUGGAGGGCGGACAAGACUUCCUGGAGCACCCGUCUGCUCUGGCUUUGCUAACCGAGGAGAUCCAGGCAGAGAAGAGGAGGGAGAAUGAAGAGAGCCUCCGACGAUUUCAGGAUGAAGUACGCCAUCGUGUGGCACAGCAGGCUCAAGUCAGCAAGAAGAGAUGGCAGCCUCAGACGGACUCAGUGAUGAAACCUGACAGGAGAACCCCACAACAGCAGUAUCAGGGCUGGACCCAGCAUGUGUCUGAUGGUGAGACACUGAUGUCUGCAGGAGGAGUUGCACAACAGCGAGUGACAGAGAGGAGCUCUCAGGAGUCUAGUGGGGGCAUGAGGCAGGUCAGACUCAGACUGGCCGCCUGUCGGAUGAUCUCGCACGGGGAAAUGAAUUCAGAUCUUCCUGGAGGCGAAUGGAACAUCUCUCCCAGCACACAUAGAGCCGGAUCUCAUGUGCUGAGAGCAGAGCAGGAGGAGGAGGAUGUUCAGGAGGAAGAAGAAGAAGAAGAGGAGGAAGAGGAGGAUCAUUAUCUCUUUACCAGUCAACACGAAUGUCCCCUUGUUCAGCAGAAGGUGAGCGGACCUGUGUCGUGGGAUGCUGACAAAUCACAGCCUGAUCCUGAUUUCAAGUCCAGCCUCCGAGUCUCACAGGCCCUGUGGCCUCUGACUAACCAAGAGGAACUGAAAAGACAGCGUCAGUCUCAGUUCCUGAUGCACCGCCGUCUGUACAUGAACAUGGAGAGAGAGCAAGUGAAGGAGAACAAGCAGAACAGGAAACACCUGAAGAGGACAGCAAGGAUCAAAGCGGAGAAAGAACAGAGCCGUCUGGAGGAAGAGAGAAAGCUGGAGAGAGUUCGGCAGCUGGCGGAGGCCCGACAGAAGCUGGAGGAGAGAGAGCUGCUGAUUCUGGAGCGGCUGAAGCUGGAGGAGGAGGAGAGAGUGGUGGAGCUGCAGAGGAGGAGGAUGAGAAGAGAGGAAAAAGGGAAAGUAGCUGUGAGGUACAUUGAGGCUCUGAGAGCUCAGAUGAAAGAGCGACUGUCUCAGGAGAAGCUGGAGCCGCCUCCUCUCUGCUGCUGUGCGUCCUCGUUCUGGGACUCUCACCCCGACACCUGUGCUAACAACUGUGUCUUCCAUAACAAUCCCAGAGCGUACGCCAAGGCGUUACAUUCAACACUGUUGAGUUUGGAGGUACAGUAAACGAAGAUGAUGAUGAAGUAGACUCCUUGCUGUCCAACAUUUUGGGUAAUACGGAUGAGAAGAUUGAUGUGUGUCAAAUCAGACGGAGGUGUUUGCCAUCUGGCACCAAGAAAUAAACAUUACAUGUACGUAAGGUUUGAAGAAAAUCUAAAAUGUAAACCUAAACUUUAUCUGGUUUGAUGUGGAUGACUGUGAUAUCAGGUUGGUUGCUGUCUGGCACAGAGAGAGGUCCAGGAUGUGUUUAGCCUCCAGGCUGAAAUAUCUCAACAAAUAUGGAUGUAUAUUUUCUACAAGCACCCAUGUUUUCCACAAGAUGAAUCCAACUGACUUUUAUGAUCCCUGACUUUUCAUCUAGUGCUACCACAGGACCCAGUAUAUGUGAUGGAUUGGGGCAAUAUUUUGUACAGACAUUUAUGGCUCCAAGAUGAUGUAUCCUGAAGACUUUGGUGAUACCUGGCGGUGCCAUCAUGAGGUCAUAAUUUCACUUUUUACCUGUAAAACUAAUGACUACAGAUACUUAAAGAAUCUCUCACAUUAACUUUAAGAUAAAUGCAGACGGUUUCACCAACAUUCCUGCUUUAGUCACAUUAAACAUACAUUUCUUUAUGCUGAUUUAAACUUGUCUACUGGUUGGAGAGUGAUUAAUUAAAAUUGUUUGAUUACAUUUUUUUUGAAACUGUAUAUUAUUUUACAAUAAUACACAAAAUAUACAAACUUUUAUACACACAAAAGUAUAAUAAUAAUAUCAAUGUACAGCAUAAAAUUAAUAAAGAAAAAGCAAAAAGAAGGGGGAUUAGAAUAAAAUCU